UUCUCUCUCUCACACGCACCACACACACAGAGACACUAUCUAGCUCAAAUUCUCAACACACAGGCACUUAGAUCGACGAUUUUGUUCGGAUUAAUGGGGAAAACAAGGAAGGAUGAUAAAUCUGACGACAUUGAAAUAAUAUCAAUCGGAAAGCUUUACAAUGGUGCCUGGGAUAAGAAGUAUUGGAGUUCAUCUAGGGGUAAAGACCGCUACCCUUAUCCUGUUGGUUACAAAUCGGUGAGGACUCAAAAUGGGAUCACCUACUCAAUGGAAAUUAUUGAGGGUCUUAAAGGCCCAUUGUUUAAGAUCAGUUCUACUGACGGCAAGUUGUGUUCUGGAGACACGCCAGAGAUUGCAUGGGAACGUUUUCAGAAGAAGGGUUCUUCAAAGGCGUUGCAUGCAAGGAGAUUUUCGUGUAAGAUAGAUGCAGUAGAGUUUUUUGGAUUCAAAAACACAUUUGUUCUGAGGUUACUGAGGGAAUUGGCCACUAAUGUUGGUGGGCCUGCUGAACAGAGUUUGACCAUAUCAAACUUUUCAGCUGGAUCUCACGAGGCUAAUUAUCAGCUGCAAGGCGAACCAUCAGCUCCUGAUCCUGGACCUGAUUCGCUGUCAUGUUUGGUCAUUUCACAGGCUAAAGGGAAGAAAAGCAGAAAUGGUCGACGAAGACUUAAUGGGACUCCUUUAGAACUACUUCAGAAGGAAGAAAACACUAAGAAUGGUAGCUAUUCAACCUCCAAGCAGAGAGAUCAAUCAAAUAGUAGAAGCGCUGAUCUUUCAACUUUUGCUGCUGCAAACGAGGUCCCUGGGGUUUGUUAUACUCCAGGGUCGUUAAGGCCACAAAAAUGUAUACCUAUUGCUGACGGAGGUGUAAAGUUGAAUACUUUUGACAAAUUUGAUCAUCUAAAUAUAGGGGAGUCCCUUUCUGAAGGAAAAAAACUAACUAGUUCUGUGAACCAUAUAGAAAGCAAUAUUGAUAACCUGCACAAACAACAAGAAUCUAGUGGUGGUGCCUCAUGUACUGGGGUCCAAAAUAACAUAAUACCAGAAGAUAGGGAUGGAGCAACUAAUGUGCAGCAUGACAUACCGGUUGCCAGUGCUGAUCUUUGCGUAGCUGACACUUUGGAAUCUGGAGCAGAUAGCUCUUCUGUUUCCUCCCAAAACAAAGAUGUGUUUGAGCCCUCAACUAAGGAAGGUGCAAUUUUCAAUGUUGUUAAGAAUCCUGAGGUUCUAGUGACUGACUCACUUCUGGAAGAUGAAAUAGUCAAAGCUUCUCCUUAUAACACAAACUCAGAAGAGUGUGAUGCUGAAUCAGUUGGUGAUGAAAUAGCCAAGUCCAUGAUGGAAAUUCUACUUCCUAGAGCAGUUCCUUUACUUAAAACAUUCUCUAGAAAGAAAAAGAAAAGUAAAAUAUCUCUGAAUACUCAAAGAUCUCAUGAAAACAAUGACAUGCCCAGCCCUACCAUGAAUGAUUCAACUACUGUGAAAGGGCUAGUUGAGCAUUCAGCUAUGCAGAGGAAGAAUGAAAAGGCAUGUAUCCCCUGUGCUGUUCGUGAUUCAGCUGUCUGCACCUCUGUCAACUUAUACCCUGUGGUGCCUGAUAGUUUUGAUAAUUAUAGUACUCAAGAGUUGCUUCUUCAUGCUGAUACUGUCCAAUCUGGGCGAUUUUCACAUGAUCUAUACUCUCCCGCACAGAUGACAAUCAAUGGUGAAAUGUGUGGCCUCCCUUGUCAUAGUGGAAUUAGCAAGCCUGAUACUGGGAAGGCUGAUCUUACAUCAAAGGCUGUAGCAGAUGCUGUCUCUGGCGAAGUUACUGCCAACUCAAAGCAAGCCAGAUUUGACAACUCAUCCAUUGAUAACAUGAUACCAACUACAGAUUGUGAGAAUGCACCCUCAAAUCUACAAUUACCAACUACAAGUUCCUACACUCUGACAGGAAACGUCAAAAUGAGUUAUGAUUCAAGGUCAAACAUCCAGCACAAACUGAAGUCACAGGGUGAUCUUGGGCUUUUUUCAUGCUACAUUCACCCUAUGCCGAUUUCAAUGGUGCAGCUGAUUGUCAAAGAGAAUGAGAUUUUCACAUGUGUUAAAUGUGGAUACACAGAGCACAAGGAUGAUAUCCUCUUUGUUUACAAAACCUCAAAGAGAGGAGAAAAUAUGGGGAGUCCUUCAUUAGUUGGUCAUGUGCCAAUAUCCUCACAAAUUUCCAAAGAUACAAUUGGCAGAGAUAUUGCCUCUGAGAGAUCUUUAUUGCAACUAACUCCAGAUGGUGAAUCGCUUGUUUUACUAAACAGCAUUAAAAUCCCUCACUGCAGGGAUGGUAAAUUGGAGUGUUUGUGCUCUGCUUGUACUUCAGAUGGCUUUGAGAAGAAUGCAGUUAAAAUUGUGAAAUUAAACAGUGGAUAUGCCUCACUAGUGACAAGACUGAAAACAGCUCAAGGUGUUUGUAGUUUAUUAGUUUGUGAACCUAAUUUCCUUCUGGCAGCCGAGGAGGAUGGGAAGCUAAAGCUGUGGAACAUGAACUCCGCAUGGAGUGGACAGAAAGAAGAUUGGAAUUUGCCUACAUUUGACUGCAUGUUUCCUUGUAUAGUGGAGAUGAAUAAAGUUCCAAAGUCUGCUGCUUUGAUCAUUGGCCACAAUGGAUUCGGGACAUUUGGCAUAUGGGACAUCAACAAGCGCAUCCUUGUGUCAAGGUUCUCUUGUGCAGACAUGUCAGUUAUGGAGUUUAUCCCUGUCAGUAUCUUCAGAUGGCAAAGAAAAGGAGAGUAUAAGACAGAGGCAUUGGUAGCUGAAAUCAUGGAUGCCACAAAAAUGUGGUCUUUCGGAUGUAGUGAUAAUCAUCUCUUUUCAGCAGAGGAUAAAGAUGUUGCUGCUUGGCUUCUGAUUUCAACCGCCUCUGACCUUGAUGAUGAAUCUUAUCAUUCAUGUGAGCAAGAAAAAGAAAACGCACGCAGAUGUUGGAGGCUUGCUUUGUUGGUCAACAAUAUGGUGAUCACUGGAAGCGUAUUGGAUGAAGGAACUACUGCUGCUACUGCCACAUCUGCUGGUCAUGGAAUUAUCGCGACACGCGAUGGUCAAGUUUACACGUUGGAGUUAUCCACAGGGAAGAAGUUAGGAAACCUACAAACCUUCAAAGGUAGCAGAGUUUCAUGCAUUACAACUGACACUUCGAACUUGGGAGCUUUGGCCAUCGCUAGCGAAGACCAGCUGCUGGUCUAUCUACCAUGAUGAAGAAGUCUUGCAAUAUUUAUAGACAUUGCAAGAUUUAUAGGCAGUCCAAAUAUCAAUGGGACUAUAUUGUAGUACUAAGUCUUGAUCAUCUGACUUAGCUGAAGAGUCUGAUUCAAUAAAGUGUCAACAUGCAUAAACAUAUAUGUACAUAUCAGUGUAAUGAUAUCCUAUAUUCAGUUUUCUUUGGAUGUCAAAGUAAAAGACAAUUCAGUCUAUUCAAAGUCAGUCAUGGUAUAAUUAUACCAAUUUCAA